ACGGCACCUGCCCGGGCACCCCCCCCCCACCCCCGGUACCCCCCCUCCGGGGCUGGGCGGCCGCAGCGGAGGCGUGGGAGGCUCAGGGCCCGGCAGCGAUGGCCGACAGCCACGGCUGGUGGAAGCUGACGUUCCUGCGGAAGCGCCGGUCGGUGCCCCCGGUGCUGUACGAGAGCCCCGAGAGCCAGGCGGGCACCGGCGGCGAGAGCCAGGAGGGACCGGGCGAGGAGGGGCCGCCCGGCUUCACCGCCCGCCUGGAGAAGAUCGUGGACAAGAACACCAAGGGCAAACACGUCAAGGUCUCCAACUCGGGGCGCUUCAAGGAGAAGAAGAAAGUGCGGGCCACGCUGGCCGACAACCCCAACCUCUGCGCCGCCGGCGAGCGGGAGGAGAAAUGACCCCCACGGUCGUCACCCGCCGGCCACCACCACGGCUCCAUCCCUCCCGGGGACACCGGGCUUGGGAAGGAGAAAGGACUCGGGCUGGAGUUUAUUCAAGGGAGAAGCAAAGACCCUGAGAAGGAGAAGAGGGGAGUGGAGCCAGCCCGUCCCUCCCAGCCCCCCCCCGCGGGCAGGGGGAGCCCCCCGAGGCUGACUGGUCCAUACUGGGAUGAGGAUGCUUCCCGCAACUUGUCGCUUGCCAUGGACCACUGGAUCCCAUCGCUGACCCAGCUCUGCCCCGACCCCCACCCCCUCCUGCCCGUCACCCACCCCUGGGGGGGUGAGACAGGGGGACCCCCCCCUUUUGUCCCAAGGAGCUGCGUGGCCACGGGCAGAGCCACUGAUGCCACCUCCGUGCCAGCAGCCACCCCCAAACCAGGGGACACGAUGCUCCCCUGCCCCGAGGGAACGACCCCGCAGGAAAAGUGCCCCCCGAGCUGCCUCCAUGGGGACCGGGGAGGGGUCCAGGCCCCCCCGGGAGGAGCUGGAUUCCCGCUGGCAUCCGGGAAUCUCUCCCUGCUCCCGGAAAGGGGGGAGCCAACCCCCCCCCCUUGGGGACAGCCCAUCUCGCAGCCCUCGAGGUGGUUGGACGCUGAGCUGAUAAUUAACUGUUGUUAAUAAACCAGA